AAGCAACGUUCUCUCCCUUGCCAUUGGCUGCGCUGACUGUCCAUCACCCCUGGAGAUCCCGGCCGAUGAUGUCAUCGCUGUCUUUCGCCAUUUUGGUCAGUACUAGAAAUUUCACUGAGGCGAUUACAGACUGAGGGGGAGACGGGGAGCGAACAUAAACAAAAGCCAUUUUUAUUAGCGAGGCGAGACAGAAGAGAACCCUAUUUUAUUUUAAUUUUUUUGUACAGUUUAAAUAUGUCGUCAGAAAACCAGGAUUCGGAAACGCAGCUCGAAUCGGGAGAGGAAAAACAGGAUUCGCAGGAGAAGGACUCCAGUCCGGUCAGGGCGGAAGAGAUGAAAUUGAAAGCCAAAUACCCCAGCCUGGGGCAGAAACCAGGGGGCUCCGACUUCCUCAUGAAGAGGCUACAGAAAGGGCAAAAGUACUUUGACUCUGGAGAUUACAACAUGGCCAAAGCGAAAAUGAAGAACAAGCAGCUCCCCGCUGCCGGCCCGGACAAGAAUCUGGUGACGGGAGAUCACAUUCCCACUCCUCAAGACCUCCCUCAGAGGAAAUCCUCGCUCGUAACCAGCAAGCUGGCGGGAUAACAGCCUGCCAGACCCCUUCCCUUCCUCCCUCCCCACCUCCGUACCCCCUCCCACCCCCCACGGCCUCGCUCCACCAGGCUUAGCGCUAGAGACACCCAGAAAUAUCCACUCUGUGGGCGGGGCAAAGCAGUUGUAAUGUGGUUUGCAGGGCUAGUGACUGACUCCAGUACUGGUUACUCUCUUUGGGGCCUGAACGCAGCAACCGAAGACACUGGGGAGGAGGGGAGGAGGGAGGGAGGAGGGAGGAGGGAGGGAGGGGAGGGGGGGAUGUAAAUUGACAUCCAGAUUUCCGUCUUAGAGCGAGAGAGAGAGAGAGAGAGAGAGAGAUUUAUUGUGCAGUGUCUGGCAAUGGAAGAAAGAGGAGGGUCGGUCUGAUCAGUGUGUACUCCGAUGAGCCACGGCUUUAUUUAGAGCAUUUUGCAAUGCUUUUAAAAUGCGCUAGUGCAAUUUUCAGGUUUGCAACACUGCGCCCUGGUGGUGACCGGUGGGAAGUGCAUCAGGCUUGGGUUCACAGUUCAUGGGACGCCAAUCCUGAAGAGGUCAAAUCCUGGUGUUCAACCACGACCCCCUUUUUUAAAAUCAAUUGUUGCCAUGGCUGUAACUAGCUGGGGGACACGGAGGUUUUUUGAAUCAUCGAUGCUGACGCUCAUGUAAAAUAUUCUGGUAAAGUACAAAAGACUCCUUCGUUUUUCUCUGUUAGUUUGCCGCGUAACAUAGAUUUGGAGGUUUAACAGUAAAUACCAAGCAGUCCUAUAAAUACUGCAGCCAGAGCUUGAAACCUCGCUUUGACCUGGGUAGAGAGUCCGCUCUGAUUACAACGCUGCGUGUCGCCGCUGUUGUGAGAAGCUCCUUUUAACAACGCUGCUCAUUGCAAUUCUGAUCAGCGCCGUGCUGGGAUCGAUUAAAAGGGAACAGGAAUUGAUUUUAAAAAGGAAUUGGAAAUGGAAUUUGGGUGGGAGGGGACAGGAAUUGACCCCAAACCUGACUGCUUGUAGUUUCGGCCAAUCACAACAAGAGUAGUCCAGCAAACAGCCAAUCCGCUGUGUGGGAUUCACGAAAGGGGAGGGCAGGUUGGUUAACGCACAUUUAACACAGGAGUUUGACUGAAGAGUUACGCCAGGUGGAGACUGGCUGACCCCCCCCUCCUCCUCCUCCCCCCCCCCCCCCCCCCCAUUCAAGGCCGUACGCAAAACGCUAAGACAAGAAAACUUGCUGCAUCACAUGGCUGGGACAAACCGAACCCAUUCUACUACUGCGGCUGAUAACGCGUCCGUGACUUCUUUUGAUCCUUGAUUUUACUUGUUUUUAAAAAAAGGACACUUUUAGAUUUAACUAAUUCUAAAGAAAUGCACGUGCCACACCCCCUGGGUCUGUAUAAUAAUUAUUUUAUUUUUUAUUUUUAAUUUCACGUUUUGUAUUAUUUCUUACAGCUGCUUUAGGAUGAUAAUGAUGAUGACUGUAAAAAUGUAAAAAAAAAAAAAAAGGGCUGAGCUUUCUCCAAAACCAUAAGAGUGGCUGCGACAUUCCCAGUGCAAUUUUAAGAGGGUCGGAUUCCCCUUUUUUUUAAUUUUAAUAUUUCCGUCCUUCGGAUGAGACGUAAAAACUGAGCUCCUAUUGGAAGUGACUCUGCAGCAGCAGCAGCAGCAGCAGUUGUUGAUGAUGCAGAGUUCACCCCCCCCCCUAGUCUCUGUAAGUCGCUUUGGAUAAAAGCAAUCUGCUGAAUCACUAAUUAUUAUUAUUAUUAUUAUUAUUAUUGUUAACUGCACAAUAGCAAACUUUGACAAAACUAUUGGCUAGCUCUUUGAUCAAAACAGCUGUUUUGCGACUUCUUUAACCCAACGGCAGAUCAAACAGCGACCCGUUCUGUGGCUGUGCAACUGAUUUUAAACAAGCCUGCGUGAAAGAGGACGCACGUUAAUUCUGAUUUGAUUUCUUUGUGUUUUUUUUUUUUGGCGGGAGGGUUAGUAUUUGUAAAACAAAUUUAUAAAAUACAUGUUCAAUUCUACAGUACAUCAUCCCAGCUUGGAUAUCUUGAAUCUGAGCUUCUGUAAGAUUUUAAAAUAAACCUCAAACUACUGCCUCUAGCGAAGGCUGGCAAACUCCUAAAGCAAAUCUCAGAAAAAAGUCCAGAUUUUUGUUUCAACCAGACCCUUAAUAAUACUUGAAGACCCUCUCUGUCGAUUUUUAGUUGGUCUUUAUAAUGGGUGUUAAUUGAUGUUUUAAAAUACAGUAAAAAUCUCCAUCCUCUGCUUGCCGAGUUGAACCCGAAGCCUCUUUUUCAGGAGCUUGAAAGCUGGUUCCAGGAGACCCCCGGGAGACCUAGUUUGAGGUUUGCUGUAUCAAACCCCCCCCAAGUCUCCCUGCCUGGUGUGCCGCACAGCGGCCUGAAACCUACAGUCUCCUGAAACCCGAAGCUCCAAGCCGCACAGAUCCCUCGGCUUAAUAAUAAAGAAAAACACUGUCCCAUAAAACAGCCCCAGUUUUCUUUUCUGAACGUCUGGACGUAGUUUUAUUAAAACACAGCACAAUGCUGUCCCAGUCACCUUUUGAAGGAGGACAAGAACUUCAGAGGUUUGGAAAAAGCCCUGAAACACGCUUUUAUCUUUUCUUGGCUGCUGGAAAAUAGGCUAUAGAGAAAUGUUUGAAAGAAACCGCUAAGCUGUGUGGGUGUUUAGGGUUGGUUUGUAAAGUGGAGUAAAAUGGAUUUGUGUGUUUUGUUGUUAAAGGGUUUAGGGUGGAGAGAACGAGUCUUUAAGCCUGUGUUUUUUUGUUGUUUUUUUUUUAAAUUUUGUUGCACGUUGUAUUAUCUCCUGCUCCUGACAUUGCUGAGAAAUACAAAAAUAUUAAAAAAAAAAACACUGUCUGUAAAUAAAUACAGAGUUAAAAACAGAUGUAGAGUUUACAGAGAAAGCCAAGCACGAAGGAUUUCUUUAAAGGGUUCGGUGGUUUCAUUCAAUGAGAGUGACUCUUAUAUAUAUAGACCCUAAAUGAGGGGUCACCACCCCUGGUCCGGGAGAGCCCCUAUACCAGCAGGUUUUAUAGCUGUCAUUACAUCAUCAGUGGCUAAAGAUCUGGAAGAUCUGGACUAAUUAAGCCAGUAAUUGGUUCAAUUAAGUAACAGAGAUUGGUUGAAAUGAAAACCAGCAGCCCCAGUUGGAGAGUCCUGCCCUGGAUCCACUCCAGGAGGUUUAGCAGGUAAAACGAGAUCAUGAAGGACUUCAGGGUCCGGACUGAGGUUUAUUGAAUUGGUUUAGAACAGGGUUUGGAACAACAGGCCAGCCCUGCCUUCGGUAGCCCAAUUUGAAGAAGCAGACCCCGCUCUGAAAAGGAAUCCUUGCGCUGUGUAAAUGUAUUAUUGCUUGUGAAAUGAAAGUGGACGCUAGAUAGGAAAGAUUGCGUCACAGCCCGAUUCUCAGACCCGCCCCCUGGCUGCAUUACCUCAUCGUUUAGAAUGCGCGGAGGGACGUUGAGUUCCAUGCGUUCUAAACGAUGGGAUAGUGCAGUCCCGCUUGUCAACACCAGGGGGCAAUGAAUGCUAGAGAAUUGAAGGGACUGUCAGUUUAGCUCUUGAAAUGAUAUGGGACGUUUUGUAAAGAGUGGAAAUUGAAUGUGUUUGUUUUCGGGGAUGGUUUUUGUACAGUAUCUUGAGAUAUUAUUAUGCUUCUGAUCCCAGCCACGUUUGUAAAUAGAAAUAUACUCUUUUGAUUAUA